GCGACCUAGCUGAUAAAGAGAGUGGGCGCAAAGUCAAGUCUGCCUGGGUUCAAAUCCCAGCCUCCCGGCUUCCUCGCCUGUCCUCCCGAAGCGUGAGAUGCGCGAGGACGUGGACACCGAGGGAGGCUGGCAUUCCCACGAGGUGUGGUGCCAUGCCUGCCGUGGGGACCCUGAGGAGCACCAGAGGCAGUUGAAGAAGAAACAGAAGAACCGGGUGUCUGCCCAGCGCAGCCGGCAGAAGCACACGGACAAGGCAGACGCCCUGCACCAGCACGAGUCCCUGGAGAAGCACAACCACGCUCUGCGGAAGGAGAUCCAGGACCUGCAGUCUGAGCUGGCAUGGUGGAGGCGGACUUGGCUGGUGCACGAGCGCCUGUGCCUCACGGACCGCGCCUCCUGCCUGGCUCCCCUGCCCCCCGGCUGCUGGGGCCAGGCCAAGCAGCCCCCGGGCCCCACGCCUCACAGACCACAAGACGGCCAGCAGCGACCCGGCCCCUUCCAGAGCCCGGCCUCCUCUCCCUCGGCUCCGCACAAACUCUCUCCAGAGCUGCAGCCUCACGGUUCCCCUGGCCUCCUCCUGUCCCCUCUGCCCUCGAUGCCCCUUGGCCUUACUGCGAUGACCGCACCUCCUGCCCAGCUGUCCCCCAGCCCUGUCCAACCUGCCUCGCCCUCCGGCUGCAGUCUAUUGAGACCUUCCUCCAAGCUCAAAGCCCUCCUGCCGAGCUCCUCAGCCCCAGCUGCCCCUCAACAGCCCUUUGGGCUGGAGCACCUCACGCGGGAGGAGCUGGUGUCCUCACCCGACAGUCCCUUGGCUGCUCUGGGGCUGGCCUGUCCGCAGGACAUGGACAAGCCUGCUUUCCCGGCAGCAGCUCAGCAAGGGCCGGGCAUGGACCUCAGCCUGCACCCGCUCCUGGCCUUCCCGCUGCUCUCCUCCGCCCAGGUGCACUUCUAACUCAGCCCCCCGGGCUGGGCCAGCCCCUUCCUCGGGCUCAGGAGGCAGCCUUAGCACACGGUGUCUUCUCCUUUGCCGCCGGAGGCUGCCCUUCUCGGCUGGCCAGCUGGCCCAGCACUGCCCCCGGGAAGGGAGGCGACCCCUGGGCGCCCACCGUCCUGCCAGGCCCCGUCACCACCACCAUCUCAUGUCAACUCCACGGUCAUUCUGCAACUCCGGAUCAUCACUCUGCUUUUUCAGAAACGGAGACAGAGGCUCAGAGAAGCCAAGUGACUUGUCCAAGGUCACACAGCCUUUCUUGGGACCUGAAACGCCACCAUCUGCUCCUCCUGCUCCUGGUAGGAUCCUGGCCCAGGUGGCUUAGAGACUGAAGUCCUAAAAACUGUGGGCCGCUGUGAAGAGGUUCAAGUGCCGAGACGGGGAGGAGCUCUCCCUCCACUUCGUGACUCCCCGGGGCGGCAGAGGCCUGCAGUCCCUGGAACUUUGCCCUAACCGCGGGGGGUCCAGAGUCCACGUUUGGGCGGGGAGGGGCUGGGCAGGAGCACGGAAGCCGACGCUUUCUUCCUCUACCAGAAACUGAGCCCAUGGGUGGGAGUUGGGGAGGAGCCUAGAACAGUCUCCCCUGGGGUUUCUGCAGGUGAGUUGCCAACAGCCAUCCCAACGCCUGGGGAGAUGCUGCAAGGUCCGCUCUCCAGGCCAUUCUCGAAUAACCCCCGGCCUCCCCCUCCCUGCAAGGCCACUGGGGACGUGAGAGACAACACGCUGGAGGGAAGAACGAGGGUAGGCUCCCGUGCGAGGUUAUGUUUAAGCAAGUGCUGGACCUGAACCUGGCGGUCGUGAGAGCUGGGUCUUCUUCUGCAGUACCGCCCUGUCCCUGUGCAGCCCCCAGACCCCUCUGACCGGUACCCUCCCGUUGUUCUUUGGUCAGGGCCCAGGCUGGAGCUCAGCCUCAGUGUCUGCCCCAAGGGGGGUCUCACUCAGAGUCAGGACAAGCACCGUGAGGGGCUUGAGAUGAGAAGAUCCCACUCUCCACCCGGGUGUUCGUACACGCUGUUAGUAGGCCCUGUGCUGGUGUCUGACACACUCCAGGGUGCUGAGCGUGAGUCUCGCACUCUGUUAUGGUAAAUAAAGUGUUUUCCGA